GGGCAUUUGUUGUUCAACAACAGUUGUGUGUGUGUGUGUUUGUGCAAUAUUUGAGGCUUUGUAGUUACUGCUGCCUCUGCUGCUGGGCUGCCAGAAAUGGCCGCCGGUGCCGCAUAUGCCAAGCCAGAGCCACGACGCCUAUGCGCCAUUACCUUCUUUGCCAAGCUGCAUCCGGGCGAUGUGUGCGGUAGCAACGGACUCCCCCUAACACCAAACUCAAUUGCAAUUUUGGGGCGUUCUCAGCGACUCAAAGAGCUGCACCAUGAGCAUUUGUGUCAAUAUUUGGAUGUCAUUCGCGGCAAGCACGAGCGCACUAUUGUUGUUUCGGAAUAUGUGGGCUGCACGCUGGAGGAGUAUAUUAAGCGAAAGCAGCCAACGCUUAGCUACACACAAAUACUAAGCAUUUUUCAACAAGUGGCCAGUGGCAUUGAAGCUCUACACGCGCACAAAUUGGUUGCACAAAAUCUGGAGCCACGUCAUAUACUACUGAAUCACUGCACGGACAAACUACGUGUAAAGCUCUUUAACUAUGGCAUGUAUCACAUGACAAAAGGCGGCGCCUAUGUGCCCUUUCCUAUUGGCAACAUACGCUAUAUGGCGCCAGAGCGUCUGCUGGGCGCCAAUGGCAACAUCAAGAGCGACAUUUGGGCCUGGGCCAUGCUAAUGCUGGAGCUGCUGCUGCAAACGGAGCUUUGGCCAAAGCUGAAGCUAAGCAACAUUGCCUGGAAGCUGCUGGCGCUUGCGCGCAGUGGAAACACUGUUGGCAGCGUGCUCGAGAAGAUUGCGCGCGAGCAUCAGCUUCUGGAGCGGUACCAGCAGCUGCCGUCGGACAUAUGUGAGCUGCUCGAGCGUUGUCUAAGCGUGUUGCCAGCACAACGACCACUGCCCAGCGAAUUACUGGCGCAUCGAUGCUUUCUUGCCCUGACGCAGGUGCAGCAAGUGCAGCUGCCCGUGAAGAAGGAGUCAGUGCCGUUGCUGCUGCGCUGUCCGCUAUCACAGAUCUAUCAUUUGUGGCAACUGGCUGGCGGCGAUGUGCAGUCGGAGCUUAAAAAGGAGGGACUUAUACGCAGCGAAGCGCCCAUCUUAGCACUACCACAAAUAGUGCGUCUCAUUGGCGCCAGCGUGUGUCCAGCGCGCAGUCAGUCCUAUUUGAUGGAUGAGCGCGUGGUGCUGCUCAGGCUAAAUCCUCUGCUGAAGCGGCUCAGCCGCUUGCCAGCCAAUAUCUACUUUCCGCUGCUGCACACGCCUCGCCAGCAACGUGCCCAGUACCAGCAACAGGCACAGCAGCAAUUGCCGCUGCUCAUACGCGAGCGGGACAUCGAGUAUCAGUUUCAGCGCGUGCGUUUGUUCACACGCCUGCUGCAGGGCUAUCCACACUCAGCGGAGCUGAUGCAGCGCGAGGCAGCCAUUGAUAUACCGCCGCUCUUGCGGGGUCCUAUCUGGGCAGCGCUGCUGGGCGUAUUGCCCACUGGCAGCUAUGGCAAAAUUGAUAAGUGUACUGCUACCUCGACCGAUCGUCAAAUUGAAGUGGACAUACCGCGUUGUCAUCAGUAUGAUGAGCUGCUGUCCUCGCCCGAUGGCCAUCGCAAGCUGAAGCGUCUGCUCAAAGCCUGGGUGACGGCACAUCCGCAAUAUGUCUACUGGCAGGGUCUGGACUCGCUCACCGCGCCCUUUGUCUAUCUCAACUUUAACAAUGAAGAAUUGGCAUUUCUAAGUCUGUUUCGUUUCAUACCCAAGUAUCUGCAAUGGUUCUUCCUCAAGGACAACUCGGCCAUCAUAAAGGAAUAUUUGUGCAAAUUUUCGCAACUCAGCGCAUUUCAUGAGCCUUUGCUGGCUCAACACUUGUCCAACAUCAACUUUAUACCCGAGCUAUUUGCCAUUCCCUGGUUCCUGACCAUGUUCUCGCAUGUGUUUCCGCUGCACAAGAUUUUGCAUUUGUGGGACAAGCUCAUGCUGGGCGACAGCUCGUAUCCACUAUUCAUUGGCAUUGCCAUUUUGAAGCAGCUCAAGAGCACACUGCUCAGCUCCGGCUUCAACGAAUGCAUUCUACUCUUCUCCGAUCUGCCCGACAUUGUCAUGGAGAGUUGCGUGACUGAAUCCCAGAAAAUGUACGAGUCCACACCGAAGAGCAUCACGUAUCGCACGCACGCUCGCCGCACACAUGCGCUGCAUCCAAUGGAUAUUGGACACGCUGAGAUUGAGCUGAAGCACUUGCAGACGGAGCAGUGUCCACGCAUUAGCGCCAGGGAUGUGCAUCUCAUGCUGCUGCACGCACCCACUGAAAUGGUGCUCAUUGAUCUGCGCAGUGUAGUGGAAUAUUCACACGUCCAUGUGCCGCAUAGCCUCAAUAUACCCUUUGCCACGGUGCAGCUGGGCGAUCAGCGCUUGGAGUCGCUUCAUGUGCCACACUUGGACGUGCUCCUGCGUGGACGCACUGUCGUCUGUGUGAGCAACAUUCAUCAGCAUUCCGUCGAGUUCUCGCACUUUUUGAUUGCCUGUGGCGUACAACGCACCUGCAUCCUACACAAGGGCUUCAAUGUCCUGCACUCAAUUGAACCAAAUAUACUCAUCUCGAAUUGAGCUUCAUACAUAUAUACUUAUAUAGAAAGCAAUUUAUAUACCACAUAUAUAUAUUAAAUGCGUAUUGUGAACUUUGUAAAUGUGAAACACACAAUUUAUAUAAACAAUUCAAUUCAUAUUGCGCAUCAUGG